UUGCCUGCUCUGCCCCGGCGCUGUCUCCCCUCUUUCUCUCCCCCUGCCGAGGAGCGUCGCGCAGUCACCCAGUGCGUCCCCUCGCCAGGACUCUGCACUCCAGGACAGCGGACCGUGGGACUUCAUAUAACUCAUAAGCCAUCAAGAGGAAGAGAAGAAGAAGAAGAAGAAGGAGGCAACACCGCAGAAGAAGUUCUCUAGGGAAGAGGGGACUCCCCAAAACCUGAGGUGAGUCAUGAGUCGCAGCAUCGUGCGGCAGAGUAAGUUUCGCCACGUCUUCGGGCAGGCGGUCAAGGCUGAGCAGGGUUACGAUGACAUCCGCGUCUCCAAGGUGACGUGGGACAGCUCCUUCUGCGCCGUCAACCCAAAGUUUCUGGCCGUCAUCGUCGAGUCGAGUGGAGGAGGAGCGUUCCUCGUCCUGCCCCUCUCCAAGACAGGCCGUGUGGAUAAGAACUACCCGCUGGUCAUCGGCCACUCUGGACCCAUCCUGGACAUCGACUGGUGCCCUCAUGACGACAACAUCCUGGCCAGCUGCUCAGAAGACUGCACAGCAAUGGUUUGGCAAAUCCCAGAUCACUCCCUGACCCGCCCCCUGUCCGAUCCCAUCGUGGUGCUGGAGGGUCACUCCAAACGGGUCGGCAUCGUCAGCUGGCACCCGACCGCACGCAACAUCCUCCUCACUGCUGGCAGUGACAAUCUGAUAAUAAUCUGGAACGUGGGAACAGGCGAACCUCUCAUAUCCAUGGACGACCAUCCGGACCUCAUCUACAGCGUCAGUUGGAACCGAAACGGCAGCUUGUUUUGCACCACCUGUAAGGAUCGACGCCUGCGUGUCUGUGACCCCCGAAAGAGGGAAGUGGUGGCGGAACGUCUGGCUCCACAUGAAGGCAUCCGACCAAUGAGAGCCAUCUUCAUCAGAGACGGAAACAUUUUCACCACCGGAUUCACCCGGAUGAGCCAGCGAGAGCUCGGCCUCUGGGAUCCGACAAACUUUGAAGAGCCUAUAGCACUUUUGGAGCUGGACACGAGUAACGGAGUAUUGUUACCAUAUUAUGAUGCAGACGCAAACAUGGUCUACUUGUGUGGGAAGGGCGACAGUAGUAUCCGUUACUUUGAGAUCACGGAGGAGCCGCCGUACGUCCAUUACCUCAGCACCUUUAGCAGUAAAGAGCCGCAGAGAGGGAUGGGCUUCAUGCCAAAGAGAGGAGUGGACGUCACCAAAUGUGAGAUUGCACGGUUAUACAAGCUGCUUGACAAAAAGUGCGAGCCCAUCACCAUGACAGUUCCUAGAAAAUCGGACCUCUUCCAGGAUGACCUUUACCCUGACACGGCAGGGCCUGAUCCCGCCAUGGAGCCUGAAGAGUGGCUGGACGGCCGUGACGAAGAUCCCAUCCUCAUCUCCAUGAGGGACGGCUACGUGCCGCCCAAGAGCCGAGAGCUCAAAGUGGCGAAGAAGAACGUGCUGGACUCCAGACCCACCACCAGACGUAGCAUGUCCGCCUUGGACACCAACAGCUUGCCUCCUCAGCUGCUUGAGAGGCUACUGGAGGAGAUUCAGAAUCUGAAGGCCACAGUUUUGUCUCAGGAGAAGCGGAUCUGCGACUUGGAGAAUAAGCUUUCCCAGUACGCCAACGGUACUGCCUGAUGUGCAAGUGAACACAUCAGUUAAAGAACUGGUCUGAAUUUCAGAAUCACUGUUAUUAUAGAAAUGCAUUUCCACUGCACUGGCAAGAAAUCACCCUUUUGCCUUCUUGAACAUAUUGUUAAAUAAUCCAAAUAAUUUGUUAAAUAAUCAAAUUCCAGCCGAACUCAGAGGCUUUGUGUUCAUUUCUGCAAAAUUCUAAUCCGAGUUUGAAGAGAAUGUACCUUAAUGGCAAAGGCAAUGCAUUUGUGAAGUCAUAGCUUUAUUGAUUUGAAUGGACUGAAAACUGUGGAGCUGUGGGACUGUGCAAUUGAAGGAUAUAGGCAAGUCAGAUGCGAGGAUAAAAGUUAGCAAUGUUUACAGAAUUUAACG